CACAUACAGAGCACAUACAGGCUUUACACAAGUACACAGCUGGUUCCUUAAAUGUCUGCCAUGAAACAUUACUCGUGCAGGACCAUCCUAUAUUCGCUGAUCUUCACAGUCCUCAUCCUCACUCCAGAUGCUCAGAGUGACUCUGACUGUUCUGCAGAAAUUAGAGUGCGUCGCAACACAGUUUAUAAUGCAUCAGCUGGACAACAACUUUGGAUUAAUUGCCCAGUUAUUUUUUGCAAUGAUUCACCACCAACAGUCUCCUGGUAUAAAGUUGAGGAAACUAAUGUCCCCGUCAAUGUCAGCAGUGACAGUCACAUUAAAACAGAGUGGAAACAUUUAAAAGACUCAGCAGGGAUCUUCUAUUUGAUCUUCCAAAACAUUCUCAGAAGUGACUCUGGUCAGUAUCAGUGUCAAAGUGGAAGGAGUAUGAGUCAUGCCAUCACUGUCAGUGUCUAUGAUCAUAGUGAAAUUAUCACUGUUACACAGAAUAAUGUCAGAGUCAGCACGACUUCUGCUCCUGACAACACAGAAACCUUGUUGCUGUACGUGUACUCUGCUGCUGGGAUCGCCACAUUCGUCAUCAUAGUCAUAAUCAUAUCUGUCAUAUCAAUGCGAGGCUGUAAAGGGAAACCAAAGAAGGACAGUCAAGCUGAAAAUCAGCAGAUGGAGAUCCCCAUGGUGGAUCAAUUCUUUUCAAAAGUCAUCUUCAAGCACUUGGAAAGAGGAAGCCCCUCUGCUCUGCGAUCUCGGAGAUGUAACAAGGGAAGAACACCAUCAAUGCAACACAUUGAGAUGACAUUAUCAACAGAUUAUGAGGAGGCAUAUUGACCAAUCCAUGUGGGCAGAGAGAGACAGAGGAACAGCUCUGUUGUGUUUGCUGCUCUCAGCCACGAGCUGUACAAUUAGCAGGUGAUGCAAAGAUUCUCUUGAAGUGUGAAAUACAACCUGUAAACCAUAAGCGGUCAUCCCCACAGCUGAACAUUUAUGUCCAAGUGCCAAAACCUGCAGAUCCUUAAAUGUCCACUUGAGGCUGUGUCCAAAAGCCAGUCCUUAUAGAUAAAAUGAUGAUACAAGACAAUGCUUCUGUUUUUCGUGGCUAAUUUCCCAGUUUAUUUGAUUAGCUUGUCAUGAUCCUGGAGUUUUUGAUCCAGCCUUUUCAGUUUUUCUAUUUUCAAUUUCUGUCAUCUUUAUUUCUUCUGUCUGACUCUGACUUCUUCUCAUAUAAUUUUGGUUUUAUAUCUGUAUUAGUUAUUUCUUGUUGAUUUUGUUAUAUCAAUAGCCUCAGGUCUUUUUUCUUGAAGUUUCUGUCUUCUGUUCACGGUUUUAGUUUGUUUGUAUUCUCUUGCAUAUUUCAGUUUUUUUUCGUCCCCGUGUUUGCCCGUAUCUUGUUUAUUCUCCUUCACAGUGUUAGAUGUUCCUUUAUUUAGCUACUUCCUGUUUUUUUUUUGCUAGUCUUGCGUGUGUUGUGUUUAGUUUUGCUUACCUUUUGACUCUGUUCAUCUGUGUCUCAUUCUCCCCAUCCGUCUCCAAUUCCCCUAAUUGCCCUUCUUUGUAUAUAAAGCUGUUGUCAGUGUCUCUUCUCUCCUAGUAUUGCUAGCCUUAGCAUGUUUUUUAGGUUCUGGUUUCAUUAAGUUUAUUGUUUUCAUUUUUAUUAAUUUCUACUUGUUUCAAGUUUUGUACAGCUCACAAUAAAUGACUUCCUUUCAGUUCCAUUCAGUCUGCCUCUAUGAUUCACUCCUAACAUUAAACUCCUUGAAACAGCUUUUGGAUAAGUUUCUUUUAAAUCUUAUUAAGGGUUAACGUGUGUGCUGUUUUUUAAUG